AUGAUGGAACGGCCGCCCCAAGAGUUUCUCUACCUCGCUGCGACUCUCCUUGAUGCCUUGCCAGCCUCUGAACCCAUCAGUGAUGCGCUUCUAUUGCAACUGCACAUGCUCUUUGGGCCCAUGUUGAUGUCAGCUCUGCAGCUCGUCGAUCGGCGGGAGGUGGUGCGAGUAGAGUAUCCUUCUUCUCGGCAUGUCUAUCAGGUUGCAUCGUCCACAGGCAAGAGCUACACUCUCUACAUGGAUCCUCCCAGCGCCACCGUCCCCUGCACUCGGGAGUCCUCGCUUGAGCUUGCGGUGCCCAAAGAUGAUCCUCCUGUGCACAGCUCGAUGCCUGAAGAAUCACGCGAGGAGCCGCCUCUUGCGCCCAACGAUCGUUUAACGUCAGCUGCAAGCGUUGAGGACACGUUGAAGGAGGAGGCCGAGGCGGGGCGGAGGGACAGAAUUCGGCAGCUUGCAGUGGACCUCGAGGGGUAUUACUGUCCGUGUGCAGGGUACGGGCACAACACGCUGGGAAGCGGCCGCACGGUGGUGUGCAAGCAUCUGCUGGCAGUCCUGAUAGGCAGCAAGACGGGGAGAGUGGUGGCGAGUGCCGCCCAAUGA